GUUAUGUUUAAGUCCCUUGGUUGGUCUAUGGCCCACUCUGAUAGGCCCCGUGUGUGUUUGUGUUUGUGUGUGUGUGUGCGUGCGUGUGUGUCACAUUGGGGUUUUACCUUGACGUCUCAGGGCCCUGUAAGCUCAGUUCCUCCCAUCACCUCUGACAGAUAGACAACAGGAAAAGAAAGUAUCAGCACUCUCCCUCAGCUGCCACUCAAGAUACGAAACACACGCGCACACACACACACACACUGGCGACCAGACAAAAUGACCCCGCUGCUGCUGUCAUGGACGCUUUUGACUGUGUCUCUGUGGACCGCAGAUUCCGGCCACAUACUUCUACAAAAGCCCGUCACAGUUCUUUAUCCCAAGAUCUCCAGUCAAGCGGUUAUUGAGUGUGACUGCGUCAACAUCUCCUGCAAGUCCGUCCUCUGGUUCCGCAGCACUCGCAGUGUCGGCAACUUACAGUUCCUGGGCACGUGCAACAACGCCAACCGCUUUACCCAUGGGGCCGGCGUAGCAAAGGAACGGUUCCAAUUCGACAAGCGGGGGACCUCGUCCUUUGUGCUACGCAUCGCCAACGUGAUGGAGGAGGACGGAGGGAUUUAUUCCUGCGUCCUAAAGGACAUGGGCCCCACACAUGUAUGGAACCCCGGGAGUGUUCUGCGGCCGGGAGUGACCCCUCCGACAUCACCUCCUCCGACGAAACCCAAACCACCGGUCAAGUCCGUCUGUCGCUGUCCUAAGAAGAGUCCUGCAAAGGACGGCUGCGACCCCCCGGUUCUGUGGCCGCUGGUUGGCCUCACUGCCGGCCUGGCCCUAGCUCUCAUCUGCACACUGUACUACUUCAGCCGGCUACCGAAGAAAUGCCGCCACCACUUUGUGAAGGUCAGACAGAAGCCUUGAAGCGCUGCAUGCAAAGCUUGUAUGAGAAUGGCUGAAGUGCUUUGCUUUAGCCGACGUCCAGUGGAGAGCGAAGGACGUGAUCAGCUCAACUCUGCUGACAUCAACGUGUCCUGUAUAGUUACAGUGACACGUUUGCGAAGACAGAGAGAAGAUUUACGACUUCAGCAGCAGAAGCCAUGUAACAUAUUGUGAUAUACUGACUCCAUUUAAUUUUUUUUUUUUACACAAUUUAAAAGACAGAGCUCCAGCAAGUUUCAAUUUAACCCACGUGUUGUAACUUUUCAACUAUAACAUCAAUAUUCAAUGGCUCCAUCAAUUUAUCAAGGUACGUUUUCAAUUCAGCAGGUUUGGGAUCAGCGGCAUCGUUUUUUAUGUAUGUUUCUAUUCAUUAAAAUUGAAGACAAAGCCAAACUUUUGUGAUACAAAUGUGCUGUGUACGUACACAGAAAACUGAUCUGCAUAUUUACAUACAAAGAGCAGGUAGACCACGAAACGGCUCAAAUAGAAAUGCGACACAUUUGCUCAGUUACUUUUUUUGCUCUUUGUGCUAUUUAUUUUGUUUGUCAUUUUGCCUUUGACGGUAUUUUAAAAAUAAAUGUUCACACAUUCAUCUUGAAGAAAAAUAAAUCUGUCAGGUGAAUUCCUCUGUGAGAUGGACAAUAAAAAUGUGCAUUUCUAAUAAUUUCA